UAUGGACAUCUCAUCUCUUACGUUAUUCAAACCAAGCCCGGAUCAGAAAGCAUGAUGCACACUGAACAUGAGUGCGGAAUUUGUUACCGGACCUACAACGCAGGACGGCGGUGUCCCCGGGAACUCCACUGCAAACACAGCUUCUGUGAGAGCUGCCUGCUGGCCCUUUUACAACCCCUGGGGCCCGAUGAGGCACGUCUGGGCGCUGACAGAUCCAUCGUCUGCCCGCUGUGCCGACAAACUACAUCCAUCUCCGGAGCGGGGAAGAUGAGAGCCGAGCUGAGGGUGGAUGAGUUCGUCCUUGAACGGCUGCUAGCCUCGGGAGUCCUCUACCAAGAAGAGGAGGACGACCCGGAGGAAGGGGAGAGUCGCAUUCAAGACGGGUGUGACGACACCGAGGAGCCGACGCUUCCCGAAACUCCUGCCGAAAGUAACGACUUCUCCACCGGCUCCAGAGGUGGGAGUCUCCGGCGGUCUUGUAGGAAAGUUUGGCGGUUGAUUAGCAGGAAGAGGUCACAGCGGAGGGGCGGAGAAAACAGUAUUACCAAUGAUGACAUGAGGAACCUCGCUAUGAUGUCCUGCUACAUGUUUUAAGGGGUCCACAACUUCAUAUACCCUGGAUAAUGUAAUACGACUGUAUUUAUUUUCAAUGAUU